AGCUUAAAUAUGAAAAAGUAUCGGUAUCGAUAUCGACGAUACUGGGUCUGUAUUUACUUGGUAUCGGAUCAAUACCAAAAUUCCCGGUAUCGCCCACCUCUACAUUACAGAGCCAUAGAGACUACAUUUCCCAGAAUACUCUAGCGUUCAUUGUGACACGUGUGAGGAGCUCAGAAUGGGGCGAAAUAAACAAAUGAGCUAGCUCAUUUGUUUAUUUUGCUGAAAUAAACGUGUCCGAAAUGGACAGAGCAGAGAAACAGAAUAUUAUUCUGAUUCUGUGCGCUAGAGCUUGACAACGAUACGAGCUUCCAUUCGUUAAUUAGCAGCUAUUAGCUAGCUGUAAGGCUAAUGGCAGUUUGCUUAGCAAUUGGUUUUAAUUUUUCAUGGUUGUGUGAUACAAUAAAGAUUUUUCUGUGAUCCGUGGAGAAGCUGAGAUGGAACAUAAUGACGAGGAGGAUCACACAGAAACACCCGAGCUUCCACUGGAGAUCAUAAUUUACAUCCUGAGCUUCCUCCAACCUUCAGACAGAAAAGAAGCCUCUGUCGUCUGCCGCAGCUGGUACAAUGCCAGCCAGGACCUUCGCUUUCAGAAAAAUGUCACAUUCUGCUUUCCUGCUUCAUCAUCAUCACUAGAACUAAUCAGGGGUCUGGAGAGAAAAUCAAGAAUCAAUUUGAUUAUCAGCCAGCUUGAUGGCUUCACUAUAUCCAGAAGACUGCUUUUGGAGGUGGGUCUGUGUCUUGGCCCUAAAUUGGAGAGCUUGGCCCUGCCUGGUAGCAGCAUCACAGAGGCCUCAUUGCUGACGCUCCUCCCUCGACUCACUUCCUUACACAAGCUGGACCUCAGAGGCCUGGACAGCCUCUUCAUGUCUGGAGCUUUCCUCUCCAGAGAGGAGCACAGACGGCAGGUGAGGUCAGCUCUGUGUGGUCUGGAAGAACUCAUCCUGUCUGACCUGCGCUACCUAUCUGAUGUCACCUUCCGUCGUCUCACUGACUGCACUCCUCACCUCCGCCGUCUGUCACUGGCUGGCUGCCAUAUUGCUUUUGAGUUUGACCCGUACCUGGGGUGUCCUGUUGGAGCCAUUGAAGACUCGUCUGUGUUGUUGUCACUCAGGAACUUGCGGAGGUUGUUAACAGAGCAGAAAUCCACCCUGAAAGCUCUGGACCUCAGCAGAACCUCAGUCACACCUGAGUCACUGCGCACUAUAGCAAAGGUUGAGGGUUUGUUCCUAGAAGAACUUUGUCUACACGGCUGUAAGGAACUGACAGAUUACUCAGUGGAAGCCCUGGUUCAGCACCAGCCAAGUCUUCAGAGACUUGACAUUAGCGGUUGUGCUGAGCUGACUAGCAGGUCUGUGGUGGCUGUUGCACGGGGCCUGAAGGCGCUGACGCACCUCUCCCUGUCCUGCAACUGUAGGGUCACUGAAAAAGGACUCGCUGACCUGCUGUCUGUCUCAUCCUUGAGGUGUUUGGAUCUGUCUGAGUGUCUCCAUGUCAACGGAACAGAGAUGGUGAAAGGUUUGACAGGACUCAGUCCUGCCACAGCCCAUCUGGAGACGCUGAGCCUGAGAGGCUGCAGCUACAUUCAGGAUCUUGUCGUUUUCUCUCUCGCCCAGCUUCUUGGAUCCACUCUCCGCGAACUGGAUCUGACCUCAUGCGUAAGCGUGACUGAUCUGUCUGUGCGCGCUAUUGCCACCUACCUGCAGGAGCUAGUAGUUCUGCGGCUUGGCUGGUGUAGAGAAGUCACCGACUGGGGUCUGCUGGGGAUGGUGGAAGUCACCAAGUGUGACCGUCAACAUGAGAAGGUGGACGUAGGGCCCAGGUUCACCCGGACAUUUGGAAACAUGGGCUUUUUUCAGCCUCCGACGUUGCCCUUUGAGGAGCGACCCAAGCUCGUGACUGAGAACGACCUGGAGCUCUUCAGGCAGCAGGUGGGGGCUUCACAUCUUCGGCUCAGCAGGCUCCAGGAGCUGGACCUUUCUGCCUGCUGCAAACUCACUGACAGCAGCAUCGUGCAGGUGGUGCGCUACCCAGACCUGCACCGCCUGUCUCUGUCCAUGUUGCUGGAGAUCACUGACAAAACUUUGGUAUCGGUAGCCCGAUACUGCCACAGCCUCAUCAGUCUGGCGCUCAGCCACUGCCCUCAUAUUAGUGACCACGGAGUGGCACAGGCGGCACCGUACCUCCACAGACUGCAGCAUCUCUACGUCUCCUGUUGUAACAACAUCACUGACAGGUCCCUGUGUGUCCUGGUGCAUCACUGUCAACGACUGCGAACGCUGGACGUCGCCAAUUGUAGAAACAUCUCAGGGGCUGCCUUGGAUGUCCUUCAGUCGCAACUGCCCUUUCUGGAGAACAUCCACUGCCAACAUGUCGGUGGGAAUGAACACUGAAUCUGUUCGAUGAGUGCUGGAGUGUUCUCAAAAACUACACCUGGUGACCAAAGCUUUUGCACUUUUCUGAAAUUUGCACCAAAACUACAGGAAAUCAAGGUGUGUGUACGUUCUCUACUGUAUGUGUAAACUUUCAGUUGUAAGAUAACUGAAGUUUUACUUUGAAUUUUUCUAACAAAUGUAAGAAUUUUAUUUAAAUGGCAAUAGUAAUCUUGUGCUAUGCAUUCAAAGUGCAAGUCACACCUGAAGCAGGCUGACCAUGUGUUCUGAUGACUUAUUCUAGUAAAAGGACAAUGAGUGCAACAUCAAUGAAGAAUGGCUAAAAAAAAAAAAAAAAAAAAAUUGUUCUUGCCUGCUUUCAUGUGCAUCACGUUUCAAUGACUACUAGAUUUUAAUAAAUCAUUCACUAAAAGCCUCAGUUGUCAGAGAAUGUCGGCAGGAUUUACACAAAUAAAAAUUGUGUAAUGUAUCAGAAAUACCAGAUAACUAUAAAUAUGAAAUGAAAAUCUCAAACACUUGCCGUUAGACAUGAAUUCAUCAUUAUUAGUCUGACGAACUGAAGCUAUUCACUGAAGUGAUUAAACUUUUUAAUGUUGUUGACACAACCAAUCAACUAACUCAUUUAAAGAAAUGAAAAUAAUCAGCACAUUACUCAGUCUGCACCGUUUUAAUCUGUCUGAAAGAGGGGAGAUUAUAGAAUGCAACCACAAUAAACAUUUUGCUUCUCGUACAUAUGCGAUGAACAAAUACCAGUAGUUCAUUUAUUCAUGUAAUAGUACCCAAAAUGUGUUUAAUCAAAGUGUUAUGACAGAAAAUUGUCAGAAAUGAGUCUGCAGACGUGAAGUAGUAACCCAUUAAAGAAAAAAAAUAAAAUACUGGGUCACAUCUGUCAGUUUAAAUUAAUUUUCAGCUGCAUAGAGUUUAAAAAAAAAAUAAAAAAAAAUAAAUCAGUGCUGAGAAAAAGUGCGACUGCCACUCAUGAGAUAGAAUGCAGGUCUGUAUCAGCAUCAUUACAAACAAUUUCUGCAGUCAUUCCUGAACUGCAGGGAUCUAUAUUAUAAAACGCUGCUGCUUCAUUUGAGCUAAAUAUUGUGCAACUGUGAAACAAGUGAACA